UCAACUUUCUUCUUCAAAUUUUGUGGCAGAAUCUAAUAUUAAAAAUCCUGCCAGUAUUACAAACGAUAAUAUACAUACAACAGAUCAUUCGUUAGUACGAAUAGUUCCAACAGAAUCAAUCGAAUUACCAGUGACAAAUAUGUUUCCAUCACAAUCUUUAUCUAAAAUAGAUAAAGCGACAAUGGUAUCACCAAGGCGCAUCUAUAAUUCUCCAGAAAAAUGUAGAUUUCGAAGAAGAAUAAAAUUUUUGGAAGCAGAACAUGCGAAGAAAAUGAGAAAUGUGCACCAACAAAUACGCCGAUACAGUGAUCAAGUGCUCACACUCAAAAGCAUUUUAAACAAAUUAAAAAAUAAUAAACUGUUAAAUGAAACACAAGCCGAAAUGAUACAUCUGCUAGGUGGAUCAACCGGGAUGUGCCGGAUAUCCGGUAACUAUCCGGUAUCCGGUCUAUCCGGCCUGGCCGGAUAUCGUAACAAAAUUUUAUAUUUAAAAUUGGCACCAUUACCGAUAAUUUAGAGACGCAGAGUCCUCUAUGAACAAAGCUAAUCAUUUGCUAUCAAGUUAUCCCUCUGCAGAUUAGUGAAGGGCAUUAGUGUUUUUCUAUUGUUUCUAAUCUAAUCUAACCUACGAAAAGAA